CGACUGACUGACCCGACCUUACAUCCAUCCAUCCCGCCCCGCAAGAGAGAGAGAGAAAACUGCCUGCCCCUUCCUUCCAUUCAACAUAACAAUGCAUUGCAUGCGCUGCACUGCACAGGUGCAGCUAGCUAGAGCUGACAAAUACCAUGCCAAUCCAUGCCUUUCUCCAGUAAGCCAAUCGACCGCCAACAAGCCAGCCCCUCAUCGACCUCAUUCAAUUCACAAAACAAACAUCAUGCUCACUCUCGGUGAUGAGUGGGGGACCAGGGUGGGUCACUUGUUCUGCCUGUCCUCCUGCUGUCUCUCUUUGGGUGGGACGUCGUCCUCGUCUUUGUCGUCAUCGUCGUCUUCCUCAUCAUCGUCAUCGUCAGCAUCCUGCGCCUGCUGCUUCAACUUCUUCAAGUCCACAUAACCUGGACAGACAGAUAAUCGUGGCGGCCUCAGCGACAUCAUUGGAGCCUCCCUGCAGGCUGACCUGUCUUCUUGCGGCUCUUGACGCGCUUUUCCCGCUCCUCCUUGCGGUCAGCACUGCAUCAUGAGACAACAUUCAAGUAGUGCAUAUGCGCAUGGUGUCUGUGUGUUCGGGGGGAGGCCCCUGGGGCUGACUCACUCGUCCAGUGUUCAUCCUUCUUGGGGUCAUCCUUCUCCUUCUCGUCCAUGUGCACAUGGCCCUCACCUGCGUGGCAACGCAAACAUACGGCAUGAUUUGCCAUCUGACGGCCCUCUUCAUUCAUUCAUGGUGAGUACCUUUCUGGCCACAUCCCUUGUCGUCUUUGGGAAACUCACCGACGUCAGGUGCUUGGGGAGAGUGCGUGACGGAUCCUUUCUUGGUGCCGGACAUGAUUAGUUGCUUCAGG